UCAUUUCAUAAUUAAAAACCAGAAGCUCUCCAAGCCCUUACAAAUCAAACACUUAAAUUCCUCUCUCUACUUCAUCCUCUGUCAAACUCAAAACAUAUCACACCCUUAUUCUCUCCCAAUCCUUCUUUCCUCUUUAAAUCCUUCCAUUAAACUAGGCAUCAGAAACUGAUGCAAACCCACAACCAAAUCACAAAUCAUUGAAGCUGCACCCAUUGGUUUAAUUAAGGAUUGAAAAAUUAACAGGUUAAUGGAAAGACAACGAAUGAAUUAAGAUGAGGGGUUGAAGAAGAAGAGGAAAUAUCAUGUGCACAUAAAAGCCACAAUCACAAACGUAAACUCCCUCUUCACUCUCGGCAUAUUCAUCGGCCUCUCCUUCAACCCAAAUGACCCCUUCAACACUCUCAACACAAACCCGUCCUGCGUCCCCACCACCGACAUCGUCGAAAACCUCGUCGUCGCAGUUCAAUACUUGGGAUGCUUGUUUCUAGGAUUGGAUUUGUUUUAGGGUGAAAAAUGGCACAAAUUCAUCUUCAUGGUACUCUUCAUGCUACUAUCUAUGAGGUUGAUAAGCUUAAUGCUGGUGGUGGUGGAAAUUUCCUCAGCAUGAUCAAGCAAAACAUUGAGGAAACUGUUGGUCUUGGAAAGGGAGUUACUAAACUCUAUGCUACCAUUGAUUUGGAGAAGGCAAGAGUGGGAAGGACAAGAAUUAUUGAAAAUGAGCAUACUAAUCCCAAAUGGUACGAGUCUUUUCACAUUUACUGUGCUCAUAUGGCUUCAGAUAUCAUAUUCACUGUGAAAGAUGAUAAUCCUGUUGGAGCAACUUUAAUCGGUAGAGCAUAUGUGCCUGCUGAGGAGGUCUUGAAUGGUGAGGAAAUAGAUAGGUGGGUGGAAAUUUUGGACACUGAAAAAAAUCCGAUACAAGAGGGUUCGAAGAUCCAUGUGAAGCUGCAAUAUUUUGAUGUCACGAAAGACCGCAGUUGGGCUCGAGGCAUUCAAAGCGCUAAAUUUCCUGGAGUUCCGUAUACUUUCUUCUCACAGAGGAAAGGAUGUAAGGUAUCUCUUUACCAAGAUUCUCAUGUGCCGGAUAAUUUCAUCCCUAAAAUACCACUUUCUGGUGGCAAGACUUAUCAGCCUCAUCGGUGUUGGGAGGAUAUUUUUGAUGCCAUCACUAAUGCAAAACACAUGAUAUACAUUACCGGUUGGUCUGUUUAUACCGAAAUUUCCUUGGUGAGGGAUUCUAGGAGGCCAAAGGCUGGGGGAGACACAACAAUUGGUGAGCUUCUAAAGAAAAAGUCUAGUGAAGGUGUUAGGGUUUUGAUGCUUGUUUGGGAUGAUAGAACAUCGGUUGGUUUGUUGAAAAAGGAUGGACUGAUGGCUACUCAUGACGAAGAAACCGCAAAUUUCUUUGAAGGUACUGAUGUGCACUGUGUUUUAUGCCCCCGCAAUCCUGAUGAUGGUGGUAGCAUCAUUCAGGAUUUACAAGUUUCCACCAUGUUUACUCAUCACCAGAAGAUUGUGGUUGUGGACAGUGAAUUACCUGGUGGAGGGUCGAACAAGCGAAGAAUUGUGAGUUUUGUUGGGGGUCUUGACCUUUGUGAUGGAAGAUAUGAUACUCCAUUCCACUCACUUUUUAGAACCCUAGACACAGCACACCAUGAUGAUUUUCAUCAACCUAACUUUCCAGGUGCUGCAAUCACAAAAGGCGGUCCAAGGGAACCUUGGCAUGACAUUCAUUCCCGCCUUGAAGGACCGAUUGCUUGGGAUGUGUUGUUUAACUUUGAACAACGAUGGAGGAAGCAAGGUGGGAAGGAUUUACUUGUCUCUCUAAGGGAGCUUGAAGAUUCUAUUAUUCCUCCAUCCCCAGUAACAUUUCCGGAUGAUCACGAGACAUGGAAUGUUCAGCUGUUUAGAUCUAUUGAUGGUGGGGCUGCUUUCGGGUUCCCAGAUACUCCUGAAGAUGCUGCAAGAGCCGGGCUUAUCAGUGGAAAGGAUAAUAUCAUCGAUCGUAGCAUUCAAGAUGCUUAUAUUAAUGCUAUUCGGCGUGCAAAGAACUUCAUCUAUAUUGAAAAUCAGUAUUUCCUUGGAAGCUCUUUUGCUUGGAGUGGUGAGGAUAUUAAGCCUGAAGACAUUGGUGCUUUGCAUCUAAUCCCAAAGGAACUUUCACUUAAGAUUAUGAGUAAGAUUGAAGCUGGGGAAAAGUUCACUGUGUACGUUGUUGUCCCAAUGUGGCCGGAGGGUGUCCCAGAAAGUGCAUCGGUUCAAGCAAUAUUGGACUGGCAGAGGAGAACAAUGGAGAUGAUGUACAAGGAUAUCGUUCUGGCACUCAGGGCAAAGGGAAUCGAGGAAGAUCCUCGGAAUUAUUUGACGUUCUUCUGCCUCGGUAAUCGGGAAGUAAAGAAACAAGGAGAGUAUGAGCCUUCCGAACAACCAGAACCUGAUUCAGAUUACGAGAGAGCCCAACAGGCCCGACGUUUCAUGAUAUAUGUUCAUACCAAGAUGAUGAUAGUUGAUGACGAAUACAUAAUCGUUGGAUCUGCCAACAUCAACCAAAGAUCAAUGGAUGGAGCGAGGGACUCUGAGAUAGCGAUGGGAGCCUAUCAGCCCUACCAUUUAGCUGCAAGACAGCCGGCACGUGGUCAAGUCCACGGUUUCCGCAUGGCAUUAUGGUAUGAGCACCUUGGCAUGCUUCAUGACUCCUUCCUUCAUCCAGAAAGUCAAGAAUGUAUCCGUAAGGUGAACCAGAUUGCUGACAAAUAUUGGGAUCUCUAUUCAAACGAUUCACUCGAGCACGACCUUCCUGGACACUUGCUUCGCUAUCCGAUUGGAGUUGCUAGUGAAGGAGAUGUCACACAGCUGCCUGGAUUUGAAUUUUUCCCCGACACCAAGGCUCGGAUUCUCGGUGGCAAAGCUGAUUACCUCCCUCCUAUCCUCACUACUUAGUUUGGUUUUUAUACUUUUUGUUCACAAUAUUGAAGACUGCUUACUUACAUCCUAAUUUUUGUUUUCAUUACUAUUUGUGGUUUGAACUUUGAAGAGUAAUAAUCUUUUUUGCUUUUUAUAUAUAUGUUGAGAGUAACAAUGAGCCAAAUACAGAUUUGUGAUUUGAUGUUGUUAACUGCUAUGACUUUAGCUGGUUUCUAACCAGCGUUUCUUUUCUCCCUUAAUGUCAUUAUUCUUUAAUAUCAUUUGUGGUUUAA